AUGAAAUGGUUUAUUCUUUCCAUAUUCUUCACAUUCAAUUUCACAAAUUGUUUCGGUCAUUUAUGUAAUUAUAUAAUAAAAAAUGCGGAUUCAACAAGUGAUUUAUGUUUAAGUAACGAGUGUCACAAAUAUCUUGAUCCAUUGUCAUUAACUGUCAAGCCGAAUACGUGUAAAGCGAAUUUCGUUUCUCUUGCAUUUUCAUCGUUUCAAACUUAUCAAGCAUUUCUCGAUCAAACUCGAUGGCAAUUAUCGGUUCUAUUCCCGAAAAAAUCUCAACAAACACGUUUACUGAGAAUCUAUCUAAAUCAAAUUCAUAUCGAUGAUCGACCGACCGAGGAAAAUCAUCUGAAUCGAUUAGGAAAUCAUAUCGAUUCCUACCAAAUCUAUAUGCGAAACCUCCCAAACGAACUUUUUCUUCAACGGUUUAUUCAUUACGAUCCCGACGAUCCUCAGUGGUUUAUCAUCAAAAUUCAACUGUAUUGUAACUCAUUUAUUCCAUAUGACGGAAAACCAUGUCCUGUACUUAUUACUUCUCCAUCUGUAUUCGCUCCACAACGUCCGAAAUUGGUAACAACAAUAACAUCAAAUCUUCUCUCGUCGUCAACUUCAACAACACAGAAGACUUCCGAAUCCAUUUAUUUCAUUAUUCUUAUUUUAAUACCUUUAGGAAUACUAUCGAUCACAAUUAUUCUCUCCAUUUUAGUUUAUCGGCAUUUACAUCGUAAGGGAAGCUCACAAACUGAUGGGACACUUUCCUCAAUAUCACAACAUAUUGAUUCAACCAAUCGAAGCACCUAUCAUGGACGAGUCCGUCCGUACCAAGUCUCCCGCUUACCAUCACCCCAUAAAGAAUCUCUCUACAAAGAAACCGAACAACAUUUAUGA